CUCGUGCAGAAGUUGGAUUGCCAUUAGGGUACAGAACUGUACACAUCGCAAUUGAAAAUAUAUUUCACAAAUGCUUAGUCGUUUGUGAGAUAGAAAGAAACUUCCAAAUGUCAAGUGAAAUACAGGAAUACACAAAGCUCUGCCAAAAGAACAAUGUCCAACCGAAAGAAGAAGUGGUGGCAGCUUUGAAAGCAGCAGUUGAAACUGGAAAAUUAAAUUUAUCAAGAAGGACCCUGUCAGCAUGGACAUGGGAGAGUCUUGGAAGAAUAAUAAGUUGUUCCGUGAACAUUAAUGUGUUGGACUUGAGUGACUGUUUGAUUCCGCCUCGGGGAUUAACACCACUGCUUGCAUCUUUAAGUCAUGACUGCAGUGUUCAGUGUCUUAUUCUUAGGAGCAAUGCUAUACAGGCUGCUGGUGUUGCAUACCUUGGAACAGUGCUAAAGCAUAACUGUACUCUGAAAAGACUGUCAUUGGAAUGGAAUAGUAUAGGCAUCUUUGUGGAUGCUUUUUCACAGUUCUGUGAAGGCCUGGCGGUAAACAAGGUGCUUGAGUUCUUGGACUUACAGAACAACCAGCUUUCUCCUGAGUGUGGACAAUACCUUAGUGAUGCUAUAAAAUUAAAUACUUCACUCAAGACACUGGAUAUCAGAUGGAAUAAUCUUGGAUGGAAAGGAGGGCAUUCUUUGCGUGAAGCAAUGCAGAUUAACCAGACACUGAUAGAAAUCAUGCUUACAGGCAACUGCAUGUCUGAUGAUCUGGUGAAGUCAAUUGAACAAUGCGCACAACAUAAUGGUUCGAGAGAAAGGCUCCGUAAAGACUGCGAACUGAAGACAGACUUUCUGAAGCGACAUCUGAAGAGACUUGAAGAAGAACAGACAAAUGAAAUUCAGGAACUGUCAAGAAGUAAUGAGAUGAGACUCCGUCAAGUAGUAAGAGAAAGUGAGACCCGGAUCAGUCAACUGGAAAACGUUUUAUCAGAGCGAGCCUCAACCAUCAAUAUGCUGCAGGAACGCCUGACUACGAUAGACAAAACUCUCAAACAGCAAGAAAACCUUCUCGUUGAUAAAGACAAGAUGUAUCAGAAACUUGUAGAACGAGAUAAAAAACAGAGGGAAGAUUGGCAAAAGCAAUUAGAAGAGAAAGCUGGGCAAAUACACGCAGUAAUAGCGGAGCAUGAAAUCAAGUUGGCAUCAGAAUUUGACCAGAGAAAACAAUUGGAAUUGAAAUUGGCUUCACAGGCUGAAGAAAUGAAGAGACUAGUAGCUGAGACUUUACAGUUGAAUGAAACGUUGAAGAAUGUUCGGAAGAAACACCAAGAAUCUCUGGUAGAAGAACAAAGGGUAAGUCAGGAAUUACUAAUGGAGACAGAGAAGAGAUAUCAGAACCAAGUAAGGUUGCUAGAGCAGGGAAAGGAAGUGGCAGAACACAGCUUGAGUGAAGUGCGCACUCAACUACAUCGUGAGCGUGCUCAGUGGCAGGAGGAUCUGUCUGCAGCACAGCGGCAAGCCAAAGUCAGAGAGAUUACGAAACUCGAUCAGUACGAAGAGAAAAUUAAGUUGCUACAGGAAGAGAAGGUAUCUCUGGAGAAGCAGUUAGCUUUGUCCCAUUCAACCAUGACUCAGCUUCAACAGCAGAACAGUGUCUUCAUGGCAGAAUUCAGAGAACCUCAGAGGAGGCUUUCACAACUCCAGGAGGAACUGUCAACAGAACGUGUGACAUCACAACAUCUCCGGGCUGAGUUGUCUGAGAGCCGAAGCCACUUGGAAGCCAAGAAACAAGACGUGGAGAAGCUUCAGAGGCUGAUUGAUGAUCAGCAAAGGAGAGUGAGUGAGUUGACAGCAGCUCAGACUCUGAGGGAGAGAGAACAGGCCAAGGAGUUGGACAGGAUUCAGGCAAUGUUGACGCACAGGGAGCGCGAGAUACAGAGCAUCAGGCAAGGGUUUGCACCUCAUACUUUGAACCUUCUCUAUUGCUGACUCACUAAAAAUUAG